AUGUCGUUGACCACCCCACCGGUUAUGGGUCGUUGGGGUCCUCUGAGUCAAGAGCUGCUGUCAGCCUGCCACGAGCUCAGGUGCCGUUACGGCUGCGUCAUGACGAGAAACGGCACCUUCUGUUUCUGCGCUGACGGCUUCGAGGUCGGCGAGGACGGGACGAGCUGCAGAGAUCAUGAUGAAUGUGCCGUAUAUGGCGCAUGCAGCCAAACCUGCACGAACACCUACGGGUCAUACAGAUGCAGCUGCACAGAGGGAUACAUCCUACAGCCUGACAUGAUAUCGUGCAAAGCCAAACAAGAUCCUGGUGACAGCCGUCCGGCGCUUCUCAUUGGCGGCUCGGAUCGUAUUGUCAUCACCCAUCUAAAUGGAACAGGCCUCAAGCCCCUGAGGUCUUUGAGUGCAAAUGGAACUCUGGCGCUGGAUUUCCAGCACAAGCAGGAGAAUGUGGAGCAGAUGGCCAUUGACUGGUUGACGGGAAAUUUCUAUUUCGUCGACCGGGCCAAUGACAAGAUAUUUGUCUGCGACCGUGGCGGGGACACGUGUGUUACUAUCCUACAACUAGACCUCCUCAAUCCUAAAGGAAUAGCUCUGGAUCCUCUCAUGGGAAUGCUCUUCUUCACCGAUUACGGGAAUGUGGCCAAACUAGAGCGCUGCAACAUGGACGGCACCAACCGCACCCGGCUAGUGGAUUAUAAAAUUGAGCAGCCCACUGCUGUGGCAUUGGAUGUGGUCAAGAAGCUGGUGUACUGGGCAGACGCCUACCUGGAUUACAUCGACGUGGUGGAUUAUGACGGCCGGAAUAGGCACACCGUGAUCCAUGGGAGCCAAGUGUCGUACAUUUAUGCACUCGCUGUGUUUGAGGACUUCCUCUAUGCUACCCACUCUGACCCUUCCAAAGGGAGUUCCUCUGUGGAGCUGCUGCAGAUCCACAGGUUCAACAUCACAGCAGAUAGCACAACGCUUGCCAGCCUGGGGAAUACCAGAGGACUCCGGAUUUACCACAAACUCACUCAGCCACAAGUCAGGAGUCAUGCAUGUGAAAUAGAUUCAUACGGAAAGCCGGGUGGAUGCUCCCAUAUCUGCCUUCUGAGCGGCAGCUACAAGUCCAGAUCCUGCCGCUGUCGAACUGGCUACAGCCUGGGCUCUGAUGGACAGACCUGCAAAAGGGCUGAGAGCGAGGAGAGGUCUGCUUCUCUCACUGGAAGCCCUCCUUCAUUCCUGCUCUUCGCUCUCCAGAGGAUCCCAAAGGGUUCGGGAACGUACAGCCCCCUGAGCGGCUGGCGGGCCGCCGAGGAGUUGCCUCAGCUUUCUGGGCCUCUGUUUGCCUUUCUACCGAGACACCAGCCCAAAAGCGAUCUCUUCCUGUUCUACGGCAAGGGGCGUCCCGGGGUGAUCCGCGGCCUGGAUAUGAACAUCAAGUCCAGCGAUGAGCACAUGGUGCCAAUCCAGGACCUGGUCAACCCUCGAGCCAUCGACUACCACGCAGAACUGGGACACAUCUACUUUGCUGACACCACCAGUUUCCUGAUUGGGCGGCAAAAAAUAGAUGGAAGCGGCAGAGAGACGAUUCUCAAAGAUGAUCUCGACAACGUUGAGGGAAUCUCCGUGGACUGGAUUGGGAACAACUUGUACUGGACCAACGAUGGCUACAGGAAGACGAUCAGCGUUGCCAGACUGGAGAGAGCCUCGCAGACCAGAAAGACUCUGUUGGAAGGGAAUAUGUCGCACCCACGGGCUAUCGUGGUUGACCCUCUAAACAGCUGGAUGUACUGGACAGACUGGGAAGAGGAUGAGGUCAAUGACAGCAUAGGGCGGAUAGAGACAGCCUGGAUGGACGGAUCCAAUCGCCGCAUCUUCGUCACCUCCAACAUGCUGUGGCCCAACGGCCUGACGCUGGACCACAGCAGCAGCACCAUGUACUGGUGCGACGCCUACUAUGAUCACAUCGAGAAGAUUCACCUCAAUGGAACCGGAAGAAUGGUGGUGUACAACGGGAAACAGCUGAACCAUCCGUUCGGAAUCUCCCAUUAUCGUAAUUUCAUCUUCUGGACGGAGUACAUGAACGCCUCGGUCUUCCAGCUUGACCUGACCGCCAGUGAUGUCACUCUGCUGCGGAGCGAGAGACCGCCGCUGUUCGGCCUGCGUGUCUACGAUGCACAGAGUCAGCAAGGUGACAACGCAUGCAGUGUGAAUUAUGGGGGCUGCGGUACCCUCUGCCUCGCCAUCCCAGGAGGGAGAGUGUGUGCCUGCGCUGACAACCAGGUUCUGGAGAAGAACAAUGUCACCUGCGCAGAAACAUCCGGCGGUGCUUUAGAGCCGCAGCGUUGUAAAAACGAUGAGUUCCUGUGCCACAACUAUCGCUGCGUACGGGCCGCGUGGAAGUGUGACGGAGAUGACGACUGUCUGGAUGGAAGCGACGAGGAGACCCACAUCUGCUACAAUCACAGUUGUCCCAUUGAUCAGUUCAAAUGCAGUAACAAUCGCUGCAUUCCCAAGCGAUGGCUCUGUGAUGGAACAAACGACUGUGGUAACAAUGAGGAUGAAGCCAACACUACGUGUACAGCCCAGCCCUGUCAGGCCGACCAGUUCUCCUGCCAGAACAGACGAUGUAUACCUCAGGCCUGGAGCUGCGACCGGGAGGAUGACUGCGGGGACAUGUCAGACGAAACAUCAUGCAGUGAGUCACGCGUGGCCAUUUUAGCAGGUGUCACAUGUGUCACCAUUUGUUUUGCUCCGUUUGGAGACAAUGUAAAACAGGUCAGCUUGGUGAAUGAAUCAACUACCGAUAAGGACAUUUAA